AAGUAAUUGGAGCAAGGUAGCAGCAGUACUGAUUUCCUGUCACCUGGUAGCUACUAGAGAUAGCACCCCCCGGCCUGGUCUAUUUCAUUCGCCCUCAAGUUCUUGAGCCACCAGAAGCAGCAAACUGAUCAGCCCUUGGAGCCUGGAAGCCUUGAAAAUUGGAAGUCGUGGAAAUUCAGGAGUUUUGAGAACAGAAAAUGACGACACCCAGAAAUUCAGUGAUUGGAAUGUUCCCAGCAGAGCCCAUGAAAGGCCCCGUUAGGCUGCAGGCUACUCCCAAAGUAAACCUCAGGAGGGUGUCUUCCCUGGUGGGCCCCACGCAAAGCUUCUUCAUGAGAGAAUCAAAGGCUCUGGGGGCUGUCCAGAUCAUGAAUGGACUCUUCCAUCUUGCCCUGGGUGGCCUGCUGUUGAUCCCCACUGGGGUCUACGCACCCAUCUGUGUGACGGUGUGGUACCCGCUCUGGGGAGGCACUAUGUUCAUUAUUUCUGGAUCACUCCUGGCAGCCACAGAGAAGAGCUUCAGGAAGAAUCUGAUCAGAGUAAAAGUGAUAAUGAACUCAUUGAGCCUCUUUGCUGCCAUUUCUGGAAUAAUUCUUUUGAUCAUGGACAUACUUAAUAUUACAAUGUCGCAUUUUUUAAAACUGGAAAGUCUGAAUCUUAUUAAAACUCCCGUGCCAUAUGUUAACAUAUACAACUGUGAACCAGCUAAUCCUGCUGAGAAAAACUCUGCAUCUACACAAUUCUGUUACAGCAUGCAAUCUGUUUUCUUAGGCAUUUUGUCAGUGAUGCUCAUCUUUGCCUUCUUCCAGAAUCUUGUAACUGCUGGUAUUGUUGAGAAUGAAUGGAAAAGGACUUGCUCCAGGCACAAAGCUAGUGUGGUUUUCCUGACAGCUGAAGAAAAAAAAGAACAGACAAUUGAAGUGAAAGAAGAAAUGUUUGAACUAACUGAAGUAUCUUCCCAACCAAAGAAUGAAGAAGACAUUGAAAUUAUCCCAAUCCAAGCAGAAGAAGAAGAAGUAGAAGAAGAAGGAGAAACAGAAAUAAACUUUCCAGAGCCGCCUCAAGAUCAGGAAUCCUCCCCAAUAGAAAACGAUGGCUCACCUUAAACUUCUGCUUUUCUUGUCUAAGCAUUAGUGUUUAGAGCUUUUCAGGCCAUCAUCGACCACUCUGUCGUUGUGUUCCAUAUUUCCUUCUGAUCAGUGCCUAGAGUGCUGCAGCUUUCUGUCUUUCACACUCAAAGAGCGUAGCAAUUGUAGCAGAUUGUAUCUUUGUGGACCUCACUUGAGAAAACUUGCUUAAAUUGAAACAAGGGCAAAAUAAGUGCUGCAGAAUAUAAUCUCCCACCAACUUUUCCUCCAAUAGACGUUUUAGUAGUAAUAGAAGUAGUUUUUGCACAUCUUUACCAGCAACGUGGAGACGCCGCAGCUGAUGGAAACGAUUUAUGACUGUUUCAUCCCAUCCCUCUACUAUCUUUAACUCUACAUCUUUGGCAGCUCCUCUUUGGUAUUAUUGUUUAAAGGAAAAUAAAUAUAAUGAGGAAUAA